AUGUUGUUUGCCUUUCUCCUAGACCGACAUACGGCAGCCGGUAUUCCUCCGCGGGGAGCCCAACCAACUUUACUUCUUACCGAUAACAGUUUCCUCGCUGAUUCUCUUCCAGACCCCAGCCACGUCUCACGCUGUUGCUCACUUACGAAGGCCGGCCCUAUUCUCUUGUUCAUUCUUUUCUUUCCGUUUAGUUUUCUUUGUUCUACAAUUUUUGUUUUCUUUCAUUUCUUUUUUUCUUCAUCCAUUAAUAUUUCUUUCUUUAUUUCUUUCUUUUUUCUUUCUUUCUUUCGUUCUUAUUUCUUUCUUUCUUUCUUUCUUUCUUUUUUCUUCUUUCUUCUUUCUUUUUCAUUAGUUCUUUUUCCUUCCUUUCUGCUCGCUCCUGUCAUUUCCUUUUCCUAUCUAUUUCUUCUACUCUUUCUUCUUUCUCUUCCAUUCCAUACCGUUCAUUUAUUCUCCCCUUUUUCUCUGUCAUUUCACUUACAAACAUAUUCGAUUCCCACCCAAGUCCAGAAAGAAGAAGUUAGUUCUUCUACUAAUUUUUCUUUGUUUGUUUCUUUUAAUUCAAUUUUCAUUCCCUUUACCACUAAUUUUUGUUUGUUUCUUUCUUUUAGUUAUUUUCCCAUGCUUUCUAUCACUAAUCUUUCUUUCUUUCCUUUUUUCUUUCUUUCUUUUUUCUUUAUUUCUUCGUCGUUUUUAACUUUCUAUCUUUCUUUAACUUUUUAUUUUUUCCCCACUAAUUGGUCUUCUUUCUUUCUUUCUUUCUUUCUUUCUUUCUUUCUUUCUUUCUUUUAA